UUCCUUGCUCGCAAAAUGUCUCUCGCGCGAUCGAACUAAAAAUUCUUCCGGGAUAUCAUCCAGCUCGCGACAUGGACGCGGAUAGAUUUGGGGAGAUGAUCGCGAACAUCCGCGAAGAAGCGAAGCAGUCGCACUCCGAGUAACGAGAGAUCUUGCUCAUACGAUGUUUGCGAGUCGCGCCGAUGUUACUGCGUUCGAAUUUCGCGAGAUUUCUCGCGUCGUUGCGACGAUGUCGCGCGGAUGCCACGCGGGGAAAAUGGCAAUAUCGUUGGCGAUGCUUCCGUACGGCGUUUACGCGUCCCCAAAACGACGAACCCAAUGCCAAUAAUAUGGAUCGUAGCUUCACCUCCGCGACCACCACGUUCUCCCGCAAUCCGCGCGUUAAGAUUCGCGAGCCACAAACAAUUGGGCCUGUCGAUGACGAAGAGGAGAGGGAGCUGAGCAACGAAGGCAUCCUGGAGGAAGUGCGAGAGACGGUUUUAAUAUUGGCGAGAAUCGUAAUCGUAAGCUCAGUCGUCACCACCUUGAUCGCCGCGUAUCUGAUAACACGCUUGACGCACACAAAUCUGUUUCCCACCGCUCUGCGAAGGGGUAUAGAAUUUCUUGGACCAAUUUUCAUCAAGUUCGGCCAAUGGAUAUCGACGCGGAGAGACAUCUUUUCGCGAGAUAUUUGCGACGUGCUCUCUAAAUUGCAACGAGACGCGACGCCGCAUUCUUGGCUGUACACGGAACGCUUGCUCGAAGCUACGUACGGCUCUUCCUGGCGAGACUUGUUUGCAAAGUUCAAUGACGAAGGAUUGAUCGGCUCGGGAUGCUGCGCGCAGGUGUACAAAGCAUGGAUCGAUUUGGAUGCGGUGACACGAAAGUCUCGGAUGCGUUCCAUGGAAAACAAAGCUUUCGACGAAAGCGAUGAGUUUGCGUCUACCAGUCCACGUGCCAGGAAAUUGCAAGCCGUAGCAGUAAAAGUGUUGCAUCCCGGAAUCAAAGACCAACUCAAAAGAGACAUCGCGAUAAUGCGCGGCCUUUCCAAGUGCGCUAUGUACUUCAUGCCGGAACUGCAUUGGCUCAGUCUCACGGAUUGCAUCGACGAAUUCGCGCGCAUAAUGGAAGAUCAAGUCGACAUGCGACUGGAGGCUGCCAAUCUCGCGAGAUUUUCAGCCAAUUUCUCGAGAAGGAAUGAUAUCGUGUUUCCCUAUCCUUACAUGUACUUGACCCGUCGUAGGAUACUCGUGGAGAGUUUCCACGAGGGCACACCGAUAUCCAAUUACCUUGAACAUGACGACGCUGUAUUACAGAAGAAACUCGCUAGAAUAGGCAUCGCGGCGAUCUUUAAAAUGAUAUUUAACGAUAACUUCAUCCACUGUGACCUGCACCCGGGGAACAUUCUAGUCGAAAAAGCGGUCGUGCCGAAGGCGGGCCUGUUUAACACCUUUCGACGGAUCAUUGACCCUGAUUACGUAGAGGACAGCCCACGCUUGAUCAUACUUGAUUGUGGCCUAGUGGUAUCACUGAAUGAUCGCUGCCGACAAAAUCUCAGGGACGUUUUUUACUCGGUGCUAAUGGGAAACGGGGAAAUGGCUGCACAAUAUAUCCUGGAGCAUAGUUCGUACAUGACCCCCGAUCCGGAUGGUUUCAGACGCUCGAUGAGGAACAUUGUUAAACUUCAUCUUCAAAAUCCAUUUAACGUAAACGUGAGUACCGUUGUGUCGGAAUUAUUCUCCGCGAUGGUCCAUCAUCGAGUCAAGCAGGACGGAUCCUUCAGCGGCGUGAUUCUCAGCAUGAUGGUGAUCGAGGGUAUCGGUCGAUGCUUGGAUCCGGACAUCGAUAUUUUCGCAGAGAUUCUGCCCUUCAUCUUCAAUAGCAUCUAUAGCGAUUCUAAGUAAAACAGUUUUUUAAUGAUUUUAAGUAAAAAAAAAAAAUAAAAUAUCAACAUUUAACAGUUUCAAAAGAUCUUGAUCUUUGAUAAAAUAUUUAUUUACACAUUAUAUCUUUGUGUUAUUUUAAUCGAGCGAGUAAUAACAUAAUUGUGGAGACUUUGGAAGGAAUUUCGGAAAUAUUUUACACAAGUUUAAUAAUGCCAUGAAAUGAUUUGUGAGAAGAGAUGGAAAAAAAGAUGAGG